AUGGACUGAAGUAUCUGGCAGGGAUGGGUGCACUUUUAUAGAUUUUACAUUUCAGUCACAGUUAAGCACAAAAUCAGGGGUUAAGAUGCUGCUGGCUAUGGUUCACAGGUUCGUCAAAGUAGAACGGGUCGGCUCGGUUCUUUCAGCCGCACCAUUUUGCGGCAGGAGACGCGUCUCUACGCAUGAACCCAGAAAUCUCAUCGAUGCCUACGGAGAGGCGAAGAGGAUAUGCUACUCCAAGAAGCCCCCUCCAGAUGUGAACUCACGGGCAGUAUUUGCUACCAAUGAGUUGCAUCUGAGCCAUAUCAACACCUACGGGUUUGAUUAUGACUACACUCUGGCAGACUAUAAGCCUGCUAUGCACCAUCUUAUAUAUGACCUGGGCAAACAAGCACUGGUGGAACAAUACAAGUAUCCCCAAGAGGUCAGCAACCUACAAUAUUUACCCAACUUUGCUGUUAGAGGUCUGCACUAUGACAUUCAAAAAGGCCUUCUUCUCAAAGUGGACUCCUUCAACCAGAUUCAGCUGGGAUCUGUCUACAGGGGGCUUUCCAAGGUGUCGGACGAGGAGGUGCUGGCUCUGUACGGUUCAACGCUGCUGCCCGUCAACUAUAUCGAGCCUCCGCCCGGACGAUCGCACGUGGAGGCGCGCAUGGUGCAGCUGGCCGACCUCUUCUCGCUGCCGGAGAUGUGCCUGAUGUGCCAGGUCACCGACCUCUUCGUCACCAACAACAUCGACUUCCAGCCGGCCGUGCUGUUCUCGGACGUGCGGAACGCCAUCGGCAGUAUCCACCCGAAAAUGCACGGGAUCGUCAGUAAGAACCCGGCCUCCUACCUCAAGGAGAACCCAGAUCUGGUGCCGUACUUGGAGCGGCUCGUCCAGGAGGAACGGAAGCUCUUCCUCAUCACCAACAGCCCUUUCGACUUCGUGGACCGAGGGAUGCAGUUUCUUGCGGGGCCCGAGUGGAGGUCUCUGUUUGAUCUGGUUGUCGUCGAGGCCAAGAAGCCCAAGUUUUUCACACAGUGGUCGUCGCCGUUGCGGAGAUUUGAUCUCGGCACGCGGUCAAAGACUUGGAGCCAGGUUACGGAGGUCAAGAAGGGUCAGGUGUACUGUGAGGGCAACGUGCGCCAGCUGCAGCAGCUGACGGGCUGGUCAGGCGGGAACGUGCUGUACUUCGGCGACCAUCCAUACACGGACCUGGCCGACGUGCGCCUGCACCACGGCUGGCGGACAGGCGCCAUACUCUGGGAGCUAGACCACGAGAUCAGCAUCCUGAACCAACCCGAGUACAAGGCCAACAGCAACUGGCUGCAGCAGCUGCAGCAGUUGAUCGAGAGCGAGCAGAACGAACUGCGCCGGCCCGAGAACAAGCCCAUCAUGCAGCAGUGGGUCGCCGAACGCGACCAGCUAAGGCUGUACACGAAGAACAUCUUCAACAAUCAGUUCGGCAGCCUGUUCCGGACGCACCACAACCCCACCUACUUCUCACGACGCCUGUUCCACUUCUGCGAUCUCUACACGUCCAGCAUCUCCAACCUGCUCGAUCUCAACACCGCGCACGUGUUCUUCCCGCGGCGCGGCGCGCUGCCGCAUGAGUACCGCUCCAUGUUCGUCUAGCGCUGACGUCACGCGAACCGUGUGACGUCACUGCAGUCUACCGGGCGGCGGAAUAAGGCAAAGGCGUUUGUUUGGCUGGGGACGACGUAUGGCCUGUAUUCAGGAUUAGUGAGCUGCGACAGGGUUGAAGGCCGAUCUGUGACCUUCUGGCACAGCAGGUGUUCUCGUGCUAUAAUUAUCGGAGGUCCCGCUGCCGCCAGGUGAGGGGGUCUGGACACGGAAACGUAGGUGCACAACAUUUCUGCCAUCGGAGCUUUUGCCAGCGGGCAUUUUAGAGCUCGUGGACGUUGUUUCAGAUCCGCUUUUUGUAGGAUCGAUGUGAUGAGAUGUAAUCAACGCUUAACCAAGCGCCCGGCCUCGUCGAUAUAGCCAUACCUGUCUGCCAUCGCAUCAUGUGUGAACUAGCGCGUGCUUUUGUAUGCGCUGUAUUCAAACGUAGCCUGUCGUCAGUCGGGUUGGAUUCUGUUCUCGCCAGCCAUGUCGCCUCUGCGGCCUUCCGCUGGCCCGUUACUGCGGAAGCGUCCAGGGGCCUGUGCCGGGCGUCAUCCAGCAACGUCGACCCGAUGCUGUUGGCGUGGUGGGCUGCUUCGGCGGGCGCUCGUACCCACGCCACGCACUCGGUAGCGGUCCGUCAAGCGUCCGUGGUCUCCGACGAGCCGCUCCCGUGGUCUGAUAAAGCGUGAGCGUUCUCGCCGGUGCGUCGGUAUUCCGCUCCGUUCAGUGGCCACACGUCUGCCGCUCAUUGCGUAGUAGUUCUCCUCUCGUCACGUGACCGCUGAGCCGCCUGUCAAGCGGACAGUAGACCGGCUGGACGGUGGCGUUUACGUAACAGGACCGUUCUGGUCUGUGGUCUGCUCUGAUAUGCUCAGUAUCUCGAAGCAUUUGCUUGUUUUGUGUGUCACUGAUCGCAGAUGUUCUGCUAGUUUCCUGUUCAAAGACCAAAGUAAGCCGCCUUUUGUAUUACCACGAACAUUUGGAUUUGUUUAGAUUAUCUGUUUACUCUAGUACGAUAAAAUGCAUCGCAGUUUCAUAAAAAAACUGGCAAACGUACAGCGUGUGUAUUAACACAUACGAAGUAGAGUAUCUCGGUGCUCUCUCAUUUGCACCGAUAGAACAGUGUGUUUUACCAAGGAACAAAACCUCACGCCUCUCGUAAUGCGGCUUGGAAUGGCCAGGUGGCACGUGUGUUUUCAUAUCCGCUGUCACAGUUGGACAAUCUGUAUUCCACAUUAGUGGCUGAUAUAGUGUAAACUAUGUCCGUUGUUGGUGUUUUGACGAGUUUCUUUGAGAGGAGAAAAUGCUUUCAUCAUCGUCUACUUAUAAUAACUAAGUCAAACCGCCGUGGUGUUACAGGUCGGUUUAGACGGCUAGUUGAUGGACUGUUGUGUGUAUAUUAGUGUAUUCGAAUACCGUGGGCCUGUGCAAUAAACGCGAGCUAGUCGCCGGCGUGUCUAAG